AUGACUUUGAAUGCCCUCCCUGAAGCUGCCCCCGUAACAAUGGCCUCUCCACCAACCCAGCCGCCCUCCCCGCCCAGGGACACCGUCGUCGACCCCCGCGUCGUCGCCCUCCGCGCCAUGUUCCCCGACUACGACGAUCUCAUCCUCCAGUCAGUCCUCGAGUCUGCAUCUGGCAACCAGGACAGAGCAGUCGACAUCCUCCUCGGCAUGACCGACCCAGAGUUCAAGAGCGAGGCGCCUCAGCAGCCCCCUCCUCAGCCCCUCUCCCAGACAGAGCUCGACGAGCAGUUCGCCCGCCAGCUCGUCAUGCAGGAGCAGCAGCAGGAGACUCAGCAUUGGCUUGCCCAGCAGCAGCAACAGCGUCCCCCCGCCAUCCGUCGCUCCUCUUCCCGUAGCGCUGCCUCUCCGCAGCAUCAGGAAGGCCAAGACAGACCGAGCGAGCUCCAAGAACAAUUCACCAAGAUCGCAGAGACCGGCAAAAAGACUUUCGGCAACAUCUUUUCAAAGGUCAAAGCAAAGCUCCAGGAGCUCGAGACUGGCAGACCCGCCAACACACAACCUGCGCCCUCAGCUUCUCAGCCCUACCAGACUUACCACCCUCAUUCCCAGGCCCACACGCAGACCCCGCAACAACAAGCUCCCUACUUUGACCCCAGCUCCGAUCGCGCCGUCCAGGCGAUGCCGACUCCCGCAACAUCUACAUCACCACCAUCAUCCUCUCCCCCACCCUCACAACAGCUCCAGCCCCAGGCUCAACCCCAACUGACCACCAACGCCGUCCCUCCUCCCCCGGCAACCUCCCAAGGCGCACCCAUCGACGGAGGAAAACUCGGUCUCAUGCCCAAACGCCCCGUAUCUCUCAUUCGCGAACCCAACGCGCAACCAGCGGCCGGGUCCGGCUCUGGCUCACAACAACAACGAAGUCUCCUAGACGACGAUGACGAUGACGGUCUUGAGUAUGCCGAGAACCCGUUCGACGACCACACCGCGACCGGGAAGAAGUAG